AUGAAGCUGCAUGAGAGAACGCACACGGGCGAAAAGCCAUUCAAGUGCGCCGUGUGUGGGAAGGCUUUUGUAUGUUCAUCAAAUUGUCGAGUUCACGAGAGAGCGCACACUGGUGAGAAGCCCUACAAGUGCACUGUGUGCAUGAAGGCUUUUGGUCGUUCAGAAACUCUUCAAAAUCACGAGAGAACGCACACUGGUGAGAAGCCCUACAAGUGCACUGUGUGCAUGAAGGCAUUUGGUCGUUCAGAAACUCUUCAAAAUCACGAGAGAACACACACGGGCGAGAAGCCCUACAAGUGCACUGUGUGCAUGAAGGCUUUUGGUCGUUCAGAAACUCUUCAAAAUCACGAGAGAACGCACACGGGCGAGAAGCCCUACAAGUGCACUGUGUGCAUGAAGGCUUUUGGUCGGUCAGAAACUCUUCAAAAUCACGAGAGAACGCACACGGGUGAGAAGCCCUACAAGUGCACUGUGUGCAUGAAGGCUUUUGGUCGUUCAGAAACUCUUCAAAAUCACGAGAGAACACACACGGGUGAGAAGCCCUACAAGUGCAUCGUGUGCAUGAAGGCUUUUGGUCGUUCAGAAACUCUUCAAAAUCACGAGAGAACGCACACGGGUGAGAAGCCCUACAAGUGCACUGUGUGCAUGAAGGCUUUUGGUCGUUCAGAAACUCUUCAAAAUCACGAGAGAACACACACUGGUGAGAAGCCCUACAAGUGCACUGUGUGCAUGAAGGCUUUUGGUCGUUCAGAAACUCUUCAAAAUCACGAGAGAACACACACUGGUGAGAAGCCCUACAAGUGCACUGUGUGCAUGAAGGCUUUUGUUCGUUCAGAAACUCUUCAAAAUCACGAGAGAACGCACACGGGUGAGAAGCCCUACAAGUGCACUGUGUGCAUGAAGGCUUUUGUUCGUUCAGAAACUCUUCAAAAUCACGAGAGAACGCACACGGGUGAGAAGCCCUACAAGUGCACUGUGUGCAUGAAGGCUUUUGUUCGUUCAGAAACUCUUCAAAAUCACGAGAGAACGCACACGGGUGAGAAGCCCUACAAGUGCACUGUGUGCAUGAAGGCUUUUGGUCGUUCAGAAACUCUUCAAAAUCACGAGAGAACACACACGGGUGAGAAGCCCUACAAGUGCACUGUGUGCAUGAAGGCUUUUGGUCGUUCAGAAACUCUUCAAAAUCACGAGAGAACGCACACGGGUGAGAAGCCCUACAAGUGCACUGUGUGCAUGAAGGCUUUUGUUCGUUCAGAAACUCUUCAAAAUCACGAGAGAACACACACGGGUGAGAAGCCCUACAAGUGCACUGUGUGCAUGAAGGCAUUUGGUCGUUCAGAAACUCUUCAAAAUCACGAGAGAAUGCACACUGGUGAGAAGCCCUACAAGUGCACUGUGUGCAUGAAGGCUUUUGGUCGUUCAGAAACUCUUCAAAAUCAUGAGAGAACGCACACGGGUGAGAAGCCCUACAAGUGCACCGUCUGUGGGAAGGCAUUUGCCUACUCAAACUAUCUUCGAGUUCACCAGAGAAUGCACACGGGUGAGAAGCCCUACAAGUGCAUUGUGUGUGGGAAGGCAUUUGCCUACUCAAACUAUCUUCGAGUUCACCAGAGAAUGCACACGGGUGAGAAGCCCUACAAGUGCAUUGUGUGUGGGAAGGCAUUUGCCUACUCAAACUAUCUUCGAGUUCACCAGAGAAUGCACACGGGUGAGAAGCCCUACAAGUGCACCGUCUGUGGGAAGGCAUUUAUCUAUUCAAACUAUUUUCGGAUUCAUCGGAGAACGCACACAGGUGAGAAGUCAUUCAAGUGCACUAUGUGUGGGAAGGCAUUUGUCUAUUCAAACUAUCUACGAGUUCACGAGAGAACGCACACGGGUGAGAAGCCCUACAAGUGCACCGUCUGUGGGAAGGCAUUUGCCUACUCAAACUAUCUUCGGAUUCAUCAGAGAACGCACACAGGCGAAAAGGCAUUCAAGUGCACCGUCUGUGGGAAGGCAUUUGUCUAUUCAAACUAUCUUCGGAUUCAUCAGAGAACGCACACAGGUGAGAAGUCAUUCAAGUGCACUAUGUGUGGGAAGGCAUUUGUCUAUUCAAACUAUCUACGAGUUCACGAGAGAACGCACACAGGUGAGAAGCCCUACAAGUGCACCGUCUGUGGGAAGGCAUUUGCCUACUCAAACUAUCUUCGGAUUCAUCAGAGAACGCACACGGGCGAGAAGCCAUUCAAGUGCACCGUGUGUGGAAAAGGGUUUAUUGAUUCAGGACAACGAAAGAAGCAUGAGAAGGUCCACGAGAGGCUCACAACUCUUAGCUGGGUGCAGUACGACUUCUCCAAGGCCUUCACUCUGCAACCUGCGGAAUUGUACGUCUUGGUCAUGUGA